UUGCAUGUGAACAUAUUAUUUUCUCGCUCUUCGUCCCGGAUUCGUAUUUGAAUAAAUGGAUUUCUAUUGUCCUUUAGUAUUUUAGUGCCAUUUUGCGUAGUUAUUCUUAGUGUUAGAUGUAGGUAUAAUUCAUGUGCCAACCAUAAUGGUGAUUUCGGCGGACCACGAACGCAAUGGGAUUGCGGAUUUUUUCACCCAAACCGAUCCCGAGGUGCGGAAAGUCACACUGACUAUAGGAAAUAUCAUCUCUAAAAAUACUAUCAAGGAGAUUACGCUCGAGAAAUCACUCAAUGUCAUGCUGGAUAAUUGCCACGAUGCCACUUCGCUGCUCUCGAAGAACAUCGUUAAGCCAGAGUUUAUCUACAGAUAUUUGCAGAGCUAUAACAUACAGCUUCCACCGGAGAGUACAAAAUCUAGUCUGAUAAAACAGUGCCUUCAUUUUUGGCGAGUCAAAUAUAGAGCACCACCAGAAAACACACCGAACUCCGAUCCACAGACGAUUGUCCUUCCGUCCACUUCGGCAGAAUCAAGUUCUUCCAAUAGCACUAUGCAAAAUCUCGUAGCAACGGGUGGGCCAAUGGGAAACCAAACAAAUGGACCAGGGUACGAUACGACAGAUCCGGGGCAAGAACAGUAUCCGGUCAACCUGCUGGCACUGGAUUACACAACUUGGUAUUAUCUCAAAUGGAAUCGCAACUCGCUGGAUGAGAGCGCAUUCUGGUCCGACGCCGUUUGUUCAGUGAUGCUCGAAAUAAGCGAAAGUCAGCAAGGAGUCGAAGAAGUUCGAGGGAAUAGGGACAUCAUCAAUCUAAUUUUAAGUCUAAAGUUUCAGUACAGUUUCCAAUUGGUGCCAAACAUCAUGUUCGAUGGUUGCCAGGGUCGAAUAUCGGAAAAUGGUGUACUGGUGCUGGCCGUCGGUGUGGUAUACAAUAACCGAAGGGGAUUGGACAAUCGAUUGACCAGCCUAGGAGAGUUUGAGAGUAUGAUUGGAUUGCGAAGAGAUCCGCAUGAGAACAAUAACUGGAAGAUUACUAUGUACAAGCUAUACAUACGAUAUAAACCUGUAGACAAUUUACCUGCCUUGUCGAACAGUAGAAUGCUUACCGAGUGUCUGCUGAUUCCGCUUACGUUAGAUAGUGUUUGAGUGCCUUUGUAAAGAUGUAGGAAUAGCUAACUGAAAGCAUGUGGUGGAGUGAUACUGAUUUUUUAUGUCGAACUAAGGAUAAAUUUGAAAACUAAAAAGUCGACAAUAAACUUUGUUACAUAAACUGAAUAUUAAUCGAAACAUUUU